AUGCGGCGCCAGCCGCGGGACGUGGCCGCGGACGUGGGCCAGGAGGCGACCCUGCUCUGCGACGUGGACGCCAACCCGGCGCCCGAGGUCAGCUGGGUCAGGCGCGAGUGCGACGCCUGUCCGGAGCCGGUGGGCACCGGCCGCCGCCUGACGCUGGUCGCCUCCGCCGACACGGUUGGCCUCUACGAAUGUCGCACCUCGGGCGAGCACCACCCGGCCGUGUCGCGCCAGAUUCGCCUCUUCCUGGUGCACCUGGAGUGCAGCGUGGCGAGCGUGCCACCACCCACGGCCGUCACCUGGCUCUUCAACAACCAGCCCGUGCCGCUCGACGCCGGCCACUGCGCCGUGGUGGAGGAGGUCGUCGUGGGCGGCAUCCGCAGCUUGCUCGUGAUCCCCGACGCCCGUGAGGAGGACUUUGGCCUGUACAACUGCUCCGUCACCAACACCUACGGCACGGACUCGGCGCUCGUCAUCCUGGAGAAGCAGCGAGAGCUUCCGCUGCUCGUCAUCCUGACCAUCGUGAUUGGGGGCAUCAUCGUCAUCACCACCAUCAUCCUGGUGAUCAUCAUGUGCCAGCGUCAUCGCCGCCGUGCUAAGGACGUGCCGACAGAGCCAGUGGUGUUUGACAAGACGGUCAAGCCAACGGCGGACGCCAAUUCAUCGGGCUCCGACCUCAAGGUCGAGAUCCGCACGUCGUCGUCGGGAUCGGGUCAAGUAAUCACGGACCGCUGGGACGGCGCCCACUACCCCGGCCACCGCGCCCUCUACGAGCAGCACAGCGACGAGCGUGCCUUCCCGCCCUUCGACAAGGAGGCGAUGCCGCAGAACGGCACGGGAAUGUACCCUCCCUACGACCAGAAUGGCUACCUGCACAAGCCGGGCGGCCAGCAGCGCAUGCUGCACGCGAGCACGCCAAUUGAGUUCGGCGCCCGCCCUCCGGCUGACAGCCCGUCGCACAGCCAGCACUACUACGCCCACGAGAGCGUGGCACCGCCGCCGCAGCCGACCUACUACCCGCAGGAGACGAGUCUGUGCCGCGGCCAGCCGGCGUACUACGCGGCCCAGGACGUGCAGAUGAAACCGGGGACCAUGGCGACGCCCGUGUGA